GAAGCUGUGCCCCUGUUUGUAUCACGCGCACUGACUGAUGCGCGAGGCGAAGCUCUAUGACCCAACAUGCGUUGAGUCAAAGUGAAGAAUGAGGAAAAGCGUUCGUGUCUCAAAGUGAACCAGUCCGCGGGGAACACACGACUCAUGUCCACCCGGCUCCGAUACUCUCCAGCCAUGGGCUCUUUUUUACACCGUGUGGUGUUUCUGUUUCUGUCUUUAUCGUCGGCAUCAAAGGUUUACGGUUCCAACAUCUGCACAUCACGAGGGGUUACAACAUGUCAACAGUGCUUGGCUGUUGACCCCAUCUGUGCGUGGUGCUCUCAGGAGGAGUUUGGGAAGGGGGGAUCCAGUGCUUCACGCUGCGACCUGAGGCAGAAUCUGCUGAACGGAGGAUGCGCCAGUGCGGCUGUGGAGUUUCCCUCCAGCACCCUGAAUAUUCAUGAAGACGCACCGCUCAGUGAUAAGGCCUCUGGGACCGCUGAUGAUGUCACUCAGAUAAAGCCUCAGAAACUCAGUAUGACACUAAGACCAGGUGAUGCAAAGAGGUUCACCGUGUCUGUGAAACAGGUGGAGGACUACCCAGUGGACCUCUACUAUCUGAUGGAUCUUUCCUUCUCAAUGAAGGAUGACUUGGCUCGCCUUCGCACCUUGGGCAAUGAGCUCGCCAUGACCAUGGGGAGCACCACAAGCAAACUACGCAUGGGGUUUGGAGCCUUUGUUGACAAGACUAUGUCCCCUUACAUGUUAAUGUUCCCGCCAGAGGCAGUGAAAAACCCUUGCUAUGGAAUUAACGAGCAAUGCCUGGCUCAGUUCGGUUUCAAGCAUGUGCUGUCACUGACAGAGAGGGUUGCUCGCUUUAAUGAGGAGGUGGACAAACAGCAGGUGUCUAGAAACAGAGAUGCUCCAGAAGGUGGAUUUGAUGCUGUCAUGCAGGCUGUGGUGUGCAAGGACAAGAUUGGCUGGCGUCCAGAUGCCUCACACCUUUUGGUGUACACCACUGAUGCUAAAACUCACAUCGCUCUGGAUGGACGUAUAGCUGGAAUCGUCCAGCCUAAUGAUGGUCAAUGUCACCUCGAUGAUGACAACAUGUAUAACAAAUCUACCGUUCUGGACUAUCCCUCCUUGGCUCUCAUGACGGAGAAAAUGUCUGAAAACAACAUAAAUUUGAUUUUUGCUGUCACCAGCUAUGUGCUUCCACUCUACACGGAGUACAGUCGUCUCAUUCCAGGCACAACUGUGGGAACACUGUCCGACGACUCUGGAAAUGUUAUUGAGCUCAUUAAGGAGGCUUAUGAGAAAAUCCGCUCUAAAGUGGAGCUGGAGUUACUGGGUGUCCCAGAGGAGUUGAAUCUGGCCUUCAAUGCCUCUUGCCUAAAUGGAGAGGUCAUCCGAGGGCUUAAGUCCUGCUCUGGCCUCAAGAUUGGAGACACAGUGUCAUUCAGCGUGGAGGCUGAAUUGCGUGGCUGCCCCAAAGAGAAGAGCAGCACCUUUACCAUCAAACCUCGAGGCUUUAAGGAUUCGCUGGAGGUCACAGUGAAUUUUGCCUGUGGCUGUGACUGUGAGGCAAAGGCUGAAGCCAACAGCUCCCUCUGUAGCAACAGCAACGGGACCUACGAGUGUGGUGUUUGUCAGUGUCACCCAGGUCGUCUGGGCCCACGAUGUGAGUGUUCAGUGGAUGACUACAGUCCAUCGGAUGAUGCCAACUGCAUCCCAAAGCCGGGGACCCCAAUCUGCAGUGGUAGAGGCAACUGCUUGUGUGGACAGUGCUCCUGUCAUUCAAAUGAGUUUGGUCAGGUGUGGGGCAAAUACUGCGAAUGUGACGACUUCAACUGCUUGCGCUUCAAAGGACAACUGUGUUCUGAUCAUGGGAAGUGUGACUGUGGAUCCUGCAAGUGUGACGUUGGCUGGGAAGGAGAAAACUGUAACUGCACCACCAUAAAAGAGACCUGCAUGUCCGUUGCCAGCAAUGACCUGCUGUGCAGUGGGCGGGGUUACUGCCACUGUGGGGUUUGUCAGUGCACUACACCUGGUGCCUACGGAGCUACCUGUGAUAAAUGCCCCACCUGUCCUGAUUCCUGUACUUUAAAAGAGCGCUGUGUUGAGUGUCAACACUUCAAGAGAGGACAGUACUUUAAAGACAACAGCUGCAAUAGAAUCUGCAAAGAUGAAAUCAAAUUAGUGGACCAUCUGGUUUUCCAUGGAAGAAAUGCAGUGAAUUGCUCAUACAAAGAUGAGAAUGACUGCGUGGAGCACUUCCAGUAUUACGAGGAUGAAAGUGGCAAAUCCAUUCUGUAUGUGGUAAAAGAGCCAGAUUGUCCUAAGGGUCCAGACAUCUUGGUGGUGCUCAUGGCGGUAGCAGGAGCCAUUCUGCUUCUGGGCCUUAUUGGCCUGCUCAUCUGGAAGCUGCUGGUCACCAUCCACGACCGCAGAGAGUUCGCCAAGUUUGAGGAGGAGAGAGCCAAAGCCAAGUGGGACACGGCUAACAACCCUUUGUAUAAAGGAGCCACCUCCACCUUCACCAAUGUAGCAUACCGAGGCAACUAACAACUGAAUGUCAGGUGAAAAACUCAGGGGUCAACGACCAAAAUGGAAUGUAGUAACAGAGAGAAAUGGAUGAAAAGGAGAUCCUUUACACUGUCGCGUGACCAGCUACUGUGGCUGAAAAGUAGAUAUCUCUGCCAACAACAUGAUGUAAUAAUUGUACAUAUUGUAAAGAUAACUAAAGCUGUUUUGGUUGCCUGGCUAUGUGAUGUCUUUAGCAGGCAAAUCGCAAUCAGAUAGGAGUUUGUUAACAUAAACAGCUUCUUCAUUUGUCAGUUUACAGUAAGUACUGCUGAUGAAAUACUGCCAUGUUCCUGGUCUUUUUAAGAGGCUGUUCUACCAUUACAAUGUUUGUUGUUUGGGAUUUUUUUUGUUUGGUUUUUUUAGUUUCUUCACAAUUUUAAAUAGGACUCACCAUGACAUAAUAAUAGUCGGUACAGAAAACAACAAUAAUGAAUGGACAUUUUAUGGUCAUUUUCAGAGUCUCCCACCAUUUUUGUUGUAUUAUGUAUACCAUGGUCUUGUUUUGAAAUAUUGUCAUUUGAUGUUUUGCAGCUGCAUUCUAGUUUAAGUUCAAGUGGAAUAUUUUACACAAAUCACAGCAAAGUUUAUCAGCACAUGCACAGUGUGUAAUAGAUAAUUGUAGUAAAUUAUUAAAACAUGCUUCAAGGGUUUUUAUGUACAUUACAGAUGACAACAAAUGUGUUGUUGUUGUAGCCUAAUGGUUUUGACACAAUUGCAGCACUCUGCUGGGUUACAGUUCACUGUAAAACUGAGUAAAAAUCCUCAACCUUAACUACAGCCUCUAGGCUGACUUGGUUUACAGUAAUGUUUUUGUUGUUGGGCUUUUAAUGUGUUAUCUGCAGUGGUUUGGUUUAUACAUGAUUUAACAUGUUUCUUGCACAAUCACAUGUUUUUAUGCUUGUUGUUCAUUUUGUUUGUAGAAUUCUAAGAGAAAUUGUCAUCAGUCUUGAGCUGAAACAGGGAGAUGCCUUAUUCUAUACAGUAUUUGUGUAUAUGAGAAAAUUGUAUUGCACAUCAAAUGACAUUGGCCGUAAUGCCAUGCGAUUGGUAAGAACAAAAGAACUUCCUCUUGUCCUUUUGUAACCUCUAUAUGGGAGGCGAGAUUACAGUGUGAGUUAUGUCAUGGCCUGUAAGAUCAUUGCAGAGUUGUCUGUUUUUUGCACAGUUUUCAAAGAUGUCUGGGGUUCUGCUCUAGUGUGUCUCACAGCAGGGACGGCAUAAAGACACAUUACACAUGACUUCUCCAACAUUUCUUUGAUGCAUCACAUUUGGGUUCUUUUAAAGAUGCAGUGUGUAGGAUUUAGAGGGAUAUCGUGUCAUAAAUCUGAUAUAAUAUUCAGAAUUAUGUUUUCAUUAGUGUAUAAUCAGCUGAAGCUAUGGACACUUGUGUUUUCAUUACCUAAUAAUGAGCCCUUAACAUCUACAGAGGGAGCAGGUUCUCUUCCACUGAGUCCACUUAAGUUCCGUUGUGUCUCCAAAUCAACUGAGAGAGUACAAACCAGGCACUGUUUUUAGUGAGGGUCUUAUGUGUAUGUUAGCGGUCACCAGAGGGGAGGGUAAUGCAAUGGGGAAUUAAGUUAUUGGCAAUCUGCAACCACACAAUGAGAUGAAACUAAAUCCUACACACUGGUUCUUUAAAGCCAAUUUUACUCAGACUCCAAAAAGCGUAAAAGGGCAAGUUACUUGAAAAUGAUAUGAGAUCAAUAAUAAUACGUUUUCUAAAGUGCUAAAGAUGUUUAACUCUUUCUGUAUUCACUCUAUUUUUUCUACAUUUUGGAUUAACUUUAUAAUAAAUAUCACAGAUGCCCUGUGUGACUUCA